ACACUCGCCCAGCGAACUCCUAACUCUCUCUCUCUCUCUCUAAAUAGUAAAUACCCGCCUUUUAUUAUUUGAUUUUUUUUUAAUUCUCUCUCUCUCUCUCUCUCUCACGCUUGAAUUCUCACACUCACCGCUGAACUGCAAACAAAUACACACAGAGACAGAGCCUUCUCAUCGAUCGCAGCGAAUUUAGGAUUCCAAUUUUAUCGCCUUUCUUCAUUCCAUCAAGAUCUGCUUUUUUUUUUUUUUUUCCUUCUUUUCCAUUUGAAUGUUUUCAGUUUCCACAGAGAGAGAGAGAGAGAGAGUACUUACAACUGCAGUAUACAUGUAUAGUCGGAGGAAGGCUGGCAAACUAGUUGCAGCUGCUAGAUUGUAAAAAAUGGUGGUGAUUUACGGACCUUUGACGCCUGGACAGGUGUCAUUUUUUCUUGGAAUUGUACCCAUAUUUGCAGCUUGGAUAUAUGCCGAGAUUUUAGAAUACAAGAAAGCCUCAGUGUCAAAAUCACGGCAUUCAGAUAUUACUUUGGUUGAGUUGGGAAAUGGAGGAGUUAAAGAAGAAGACAGUGCUGUCUUAUUGGAAGGUGGUGGCCUACAGUCGGCAUCUCCAAGAGUCAGGAGUUCAUCUGCUGCAUCUCAGAUUCUGAGAUUUUUAAUGAUGGAUGAGUCAUUCUUGCUUGAGAACCGAUUGACAUUAAGGGCUAUAUCGGAGUUAGGAGCCCUUUUGAUCUAUUUUUACGUUUGCGAUCGCACAAAUAUUUUUGGUCAAUCAAAGAAGAGUUACAAUCGGGAUCUUUUCUUGUUUCUCUACUUCCUUCUAAUAAUAGUCUCUGCAAUUACAUCCUUCAAGAUACACCAGGAUAAGUCACCAUUCUCUGGAAAAUCCAUAAUGUAUCUUAAUAGGCAUCAAACUGAGGAAUGGAAAGGUUGGAUGCAGGUAUUAUUUCUGAUGUACCAUUACUUUGCUGCAGCAGAGAUAUACAAUGCUAUAAGGAUUUUUAUUGCAGCAUAUGUCUGGAUGACUGGAUUUGGAAACUUCUCAUAUUAUUAUGUCCGAAAAGAUUUUAGCAUUGCAAGGUUUGCUCAGAUGAUGUGGCGGCUUAAUUUUUUGGUGUUAUUAUGUUGCAUUAUCCUUGAUAACAAUUACACGCUAUACUAUAUAUGUCCCAUGCACACCCUCUUCACCCUAAUGGUGUAUGGUGCCCUUGGUAUAUUGAACAAAUAUAAUGAGAGUGGAACUGUUAUUGCUGCAAAGAUUAUGACUUGCUUCUUGGCGGUUAUUCUGAUAUGGGAAAUACCUGGUGUAUUUGAGCUGAUAUGGAGCCCGUUCACAUUCCUUCUUGGAUACUCAGAUCCUUCAAAACCACCGCAGCCUCUGCUGCGUGAGUGGCACUUCCGCUCAGGCCUUGAUCGAUACAUAUGGAUAAUUGGAAUGAUAUAUGCAUACUACCAUCCAACAGUGGAGAGAUGGAUGGAGAAACUGGAGGAAACUGAAGUAAAACGUAGAAUAUCAAUCAAAACAGCUGUGGUGAUCAUAUCCUUGGCGGUGGGAUAUUUAUGGUUGGAGUAUAUAUACAAGCUUCCGAAAAUCACAUACAACAAAUAUCAUCCAUAUACAUCCUGGAUUCCCAUAACUGUUUACAUAUGCUUGCGAAAUGUCAGCCAGUAUUUUCGCAGCUACACCUUGACACUUUUUGCAUGGCUUGGGAAGAUCACUCUAGAAACUUAUAUUUCACAGAUCCACAUUUGGUUGAGAUCUGGUGUACCAGAUGGUCAGCCAAAAUUGUUGCUCUCGUUGAUUCCGGAAUAUCCUUUAUUAAACUUUAUGCUUACCACAUCCAUAUAUAUUGCCGUUUCUUACAGACUUUUUGAAUUGACGAAUAUGCUGAAAUCCACAUUUGUUCCGAGCAAAGAUAAUAAGCGCCUGGGCCACAACAUAGUUGCAGCGGUAGUGAUAGCAAGCGGCUUAUACAUGUUGUCUUUUGUAUUAUUAAGGAUACCUCCGGUGAUGGUUUGAAUCAGUUCAAAUGUACAGUGAAGGAUUACAAUUGCAAUUAGUGUACGACUGAAGAACCUACCUCCUGCAUAGGGGCUGGCAAUUUUGAACUAGAGUUUCCAAGUCGUAAAUGCAAGGGCGAGUUUCCAGCUUCCAACUUCUAAAGAAGGCCAAGUUUUCCACAUGAUGUGUGGUCACAAGAUCUGCCUUUGCUGCAGUUUUUCUGGUUUGCCUGCCAACAACUUCUUAGUUCUGAUAGUUUUGCGCAUCUAAGGCUUUACUGUAUUGAAAAAUAGAACCCAGUCAUUGUUUUAUUAUCCCAAUAUGUUCAUAAUCUAUGUUACUCCUUUAGUGUCAGUUGAUUCCCCAACAGACUCUUCUGCCUGCAUUUGUGCCAUACCGGUGCAUCGUGCUGCUUUUCAGUUUUGGACCCUUGGAUGAAUGAGAGUGAGAUCUGUUGAAGAAAUGUCAUUUGGGCAUUCAUUCUUGACAUGGAAGUUUUCUACCCAGUAUAUUUUAUAAAUUAAGCCCCAAAUUGCUUC